UAACCUGAAUCUCGUACGCUGCAUAAAAAAGUCAUUAAAAAUGUGACAUUAACGACGGAUAUUUCAAAAUUGCAUAUUAGAAAUGUAUUAUUUUGAAUUAACAUCCAAAAAUGUUUCAUAAUUCGUAUUGUCAAAAAGAUUUUUUCAAUCAAACGUGUUAAAUAAGUUGUGUUUUCUAACCAAAAAAUGCAGUUAUCAACUAAUGAAUUGAUAAAUAUAAACGUUAUUUGGCCGAAAUACAUAUAUGCACUGAAAUAUUAAUAACAAAAAGGCAAUCAACUGCUGCUUGGUUUUUAAGUAAAAUCUUGAAAAUGACUUCUGAAGAUCCUAAUAUGUGGAAAACACCAACUUUUCGCCAAAGCAUGAUAGCCAAAAUUGAAGAAGAGAUGCAGAAAUAUCAAAUAUCCAUGUCCAAGAAUGCCAGUGAUAUGGAGUCACAUUUAUUCAUGAAAGCCAAAUCAAAAGAUGAGUACUUGGCUUUCAUCGCCAAGUUAAUUAUUCAUAUUUCUCAAAGUAAGAAACCUGGUGGCACUAUAGCAUCAGGAGCUACUAAUACAAAUAUUGGAGUUCAGCAAGGCAUGCCUGAUCCUAUUGGAGCACUACAAACAUUGGCACGACAGGGUACUGGUAAUAAUGCAAACAUGGGAAUGCAAACUUCUAUCCAAAAUCCGCAAAUGAUUCUUCAGCAAAACCCAGUUUUGCAAAAUUUGAAUCAGCGGCCAGCACAACCUAUCAAUAUGCCUGGAAUGCAGAAUAAAAUGCCAAACAUGGGUAUGAUGCACAAUCAACAAGGAUGUCCUCCAAUGGGAGUAAAUCAAAUGAAUCAGAUGCAAAGUAUGCCAGGAAAUCCAAUGAUGACUCAAAUCAAUCAAAUUAAUCAAGGGAAUUUAGGGCAACCAAUGGGACCUCAACUUAUGCAGUCUCAGCAGAUAGGAGGACCUCAAAUUAAUGUAUCGCAAAUGGGACCAAAUCAAAUGCAAAUUUUGCAGAAUCAAAUGCAAAAUCAAAUAGGUGCACAUCAAUUAGGAGGCCCUAUGAAUGCUGGAAUGCAGCCUACAAUGCAACAACAGCAAGGUCCACCUCAACAACAUAUGAACCAAAUUAAUACUGCUCAGAUAGCUGCCAAUCAGUUGACUCAAGCUCAACUUGGACAAAUGCAACGUAAACCUGUAGAAAUGAUGAAUACUGCAUUCCCAGGAACAAGAAAUAUGACGCCAAAUCAAUUUUUAAGACAAAGUCCAUCACCAUCAGUCCCAAGUCCUGGAGGUCUAGGUGUACCGACUCCAUCAAAUCAAAUGGUAGCAUCGCCAGCUCUGGUAUCGUCUCCAAAUCCUCAACAUGCUUUGCUUGGUGGGGCUCAGAGGUCAAUGGCAAUGUCAGUCUCACCCAGUAGUUCUGUAAAUACACCUGCUGGAGCAAUUGCUACAACUCCAAGCCCGUUGCUUGAUGAACAAACUACACAAGCGUAUAAAGAGAAAGUUCGAAAACUUAGUAAAUAUAUAGAGCCUUUAAGAAGAAUGAUUUCAAAGACAACUAGUGAAGGAAAUACAGAAAAGAUGAGCAAAAUGAAGAAACUGUUAGAAGUUUUAACGAAUCCUACUUCAAGUACAAAAUUAGAUGUAUUGCAUAGAUGCGAAAUGGUAUUAGAAAAAUUAGACUUUAAGAAGUUUGAAGCUACAGGUGGUCCUGGUGUGCAGACUACUCUGAAAGAGCAUCAUUUCUUCACUCCUCUACUUGAAGUGGUAACAACGGUUUUACAAAGUCCCGUUGCAAACCAUACUCUUCACCGUACUUUUGGACCUUGUUUAGAAGUAUUAUUUGGGCCAGAGAUAAAAAAUGUACCACCUCCCUUAAAGAGAAGAAAGACUGAAGAAUCUUCUUGCGAAAUACCUGAUGUUCUCCAAGGAGAGAUAGCUCGUCUCGAUCAAAGAUUCAAGAUAAGUUUGGAUCCUGCCCAACAAAAUGGUUCUAAAUGUAUUCAGCUGAUUUGUUGGUUGGACGACAAACAUUUACCUUGUGUUCCGCCAGUCUUAGUAAUCGUUCCCACUGAUUAUCCAUCUAUUCCACCUCGGUGUGUUCUUACUAGCCAUGAAUAUACUACGUCUUAUUUGAAAGCAGUGCAGAAAGGCUUGGACGCAAGAUUGGCCAAGUUACCUAAGAGAUACUCGAUAUCACAACUACUCAACACAUGGGAAAUGAGCGUUCGCCAAGCUAGUGCACCAAAAGUUCAUCAGCGAUUGAUUUCGUCGACUACCACGCCAGCAACGAUUACAUCGACUAUAACUACCACAGGAACGACCAAUGUUACAACGACUGUUACUAACGUAAUAAAUCCUAUUGUUAACGGAAUCUCGGCAAAUAAUAUGAUCACAAUGGCUGGUUCAUAAUAUUUUUCACAAGACUUAAACGAAGUAUUUUAUUAUUUUAUUAUAGUUUAUUAAUUCGAUUAAUUUCUCUUUAUAAGAUUAGAUGGUCUACUUAAAUAAGUCAUUGUUCUAGUUGUUGAAUGUGUAUUUUCACUCGUAUGAUGGUACUUAAUAUAUACUGAUGUUGCAUUUUGAUUUCGUGUUUAACUUUAAUACUUAAAAUGUAUUUAAAAAUACGUUAUUUUAGAAGUAAAUAUUAUUUAAUAAACAUUUACACUGUAAAUGACUUAAAAGAUCUCUGAACGUAAAUUAGUACAUCACUCGAUGAAUUGCCGAUUCAAAAGGAUAAUGAAAUAUUUAUUUUGGAAUAAUGAUGCAAUAUCUAGUUAUUUUUAAAUCGCUGUUGAGAGAGCAGCAUUUGUACGAAUUUAUAUACGAUUUUAUAUUAAUAACUACUUAAUGACUGACCAAAUAUGCAUAGCAAUAUAAAUUAAAAAGUAUUAUUUUACACAAUGGGCUAAAAUAUGUACAAUCAUAAGAAUAAACGUUAUCUAAUUUAGCAAGUGUAGCAAAGUUUUUUCUUGAUUAAUUUAGAAACAAUAGAAGGAAUUCUCUUUUUGUUAAUGUUUCAUGUGUGUUUCGGUGUAAAUAAAAUUUAUUUGUGUGAAAUGCCAUUCAUUUACUAUAGAU